AUGAUUCAUUAUUCUAAACCUGAAAAUGUAAACAAUGAAUCAGAUGUUUUAACUGAAAAAUUAUUUCAAUUAAUUGAUAGAUCAUCUCCAGUAGCAAUUGUGAGACCUGCUCUAAAAACUAGAUCAAAAUUGAUGGAUCAAGAUCAAGAUUGGUCCAAGGAAGAAACUGAUUAUCUGUUUGAUAUGUGUAGAAAAUAUGAUCUUAGAACUAUUGAAGAUUUAAAAGAAAGAUACUACUCGGUGUGUAAAAAGAUUUUACAAAUAAAACCAUCACAACCCGGUAACAAUCAACAAGACAAAGGUGCAAUUAUUGCAUUGAAUACUUAUGAUAAAACUCAUUCAAAAGUUGAAGCCAUAAUACCUAUACAUACACGGUGUGAAAAAUUCCCAAUAGGAGCAUCAGUUAGAAGUCAAAAAAUAUCAGUUCCAAAACAAAACUCAUUAACAAAAGUACAAAAGACUUUCCAGGAAUGUGGACUAGGGUAUCUUCCCACUGUACCAACUGAAAGUGUUUGUGAAAAUGAAUUGAAGACAAAACAAGUAACCUUGCAAAAAGCAAAAUCGAGCAUCAUCGAUAGCUCUAACUUCAACAAUUCAUUGACAAAUGGAUCCAAGUCACCUCGAAGUAACAAGAAAUUAAGAAGUUAA